CAAAUCUCAAUGCAAGUUUGGACUUUAGAUUAGUAUAUUGUUAAUUGUACAUCUGUAAUGCAAGUCAAUCAUGAGACUAGAUUACUAGAGGCACAAAAAGUGACGUUAUGUUUGAAUCAUGAACUCAGCGCUGUCCAGGAGCAGAGUAAGUGCAGAGCAACUGGAUCUGCUAUUGACUUUUAUGGAAGAGCACCGUGACUUUGCAGCUGGCAAACAGUCGAUAUAUUCUCGCUUUAGCGCUAGUAAACUGUGGCGGCUACUUGCCGAGAGGUUAAACGCUGCGGCGGCAGACACGGGCGGUGCUCGGAAAUCACCAGAUAAGUGGUGCCGCUACUGGGCGGACGUUAAAUAUAAAGCAAGAAAGAAGUGUGCCGCCGGAGGUGCACUAGGUGACCUCUCGUCUGCAGAGGAGCGCUUACAGAAUAUUCUCAGUUGCAAAAACGAUUUAAACGCGGUGUCGGGCGGCGCGGCGGCUUCGGACGAGGAGCGCAAGGCUCUCGACGAGGACAUGUGCUCGGAGGGAUCCGCGCCGUUGGCAACCGACGAGCUGCUGGCCGAGGCCGCCAUGCGCACCGCGCUGGCCGCCGAGAAGCAGGCCGAGGCCGUCGUGCACGCCGUGGACCUGCUGCGAGACCUCGUGACGCUACUGCGCGAACGACCCCCCGCACCUCCGCCCGCGACCCACGACCACCUGGCCAUGCAGCACCAGCACCACCACCCGCUCUGAGCUUCUUGUCGGCCUCCACGAGCUCGACCGGCGCCAAACCCGUGAGCGCGGCCACGUCGGCGUACACGGCGUCGGCCCGGCGCCGAGCGCGCGCCGCCCCGUGGCGCAGCACGUCGCGCAGCAGCCGCGGCCGCGACUGCAGCU